AUGAAACAAGAAGAUCUGUACCGAAACAAGGUGAUCUUAGCACCGAUGGUGAGGGUGUGUGCUCUGCCCAUGAGACUGUUGGCCUUGGAUUACGGGGCAGAUUUAGUUUACAGUGAGGAGCAGAUUGACAGAAAGAUCUUGCUGUGUGAGAAAAAGGAGAACCAGAUCCUUCAUACAACAGACUUCAUGCUAUCUGACGGGACCGUUGUUUUCCGAACUUGCCCAGCGGAGAAAGGCAAACUUAUUUUGCAGAUUGGUACCAGCGAUGGAAAAAGAUCUUUAGCAGCAGCAAGGAAGCUGCAGGAUUACAUUGCAGGUGUUGAUGUCAACAUGGGCUGUCCCAAGGAGUUUUCUGUGAAGGUAGUUGACUCCUACUAG